AAUUGUCUCUAUAUUAUCUGUUUAUUAUUGUUAUCCUCUGCUUCUGUUUCUUUUUCGUUAACAGAAGCAGAUAGCCUGAUAAUAAUAAUCUUCUGUUAAUUGUUUAGGCUGUGUAGAUUUUAAUAAGGCCGUGCUGGUCGGUCUUCGAAUAAAUUCUGUUUCCUCUGGCUCUAGACAGGGGAGAAGGAAGAAGGACCUCUCUUUUGUUUAAAAAUGGAGCAGUUUGUGAGGAGUGGGCUUAUGCCCGAUUCGUUUAUGGGACCUGGAGACGAUAUCAAGGCUCAGGUUUUGCUGAUUUGGGAUUUGAUUAAAGCGCCAUUGGUGAUACCGGUUCUGAGAAUAGCUGUUGUGGUGUGUUUGAUGGUGUCAUUGAUGUUGUUUGUGGAGAGGGUUUAUAUGAGCAUUGUCAUUGUUCUUGUCAAGCUGUUUGGGCGAAAACCGGAUAAGCGAUUCAAGUUUGAACCUUUCAGAGAUGAUGUGGAGUCUGGGAAUUCAGAUUAUCCUCAUGUGCUCAUUCAAAUUCCAAUGUUUAAUGAAAGAGAGGUUUAUAAAAUGUCGAUUGGAGCUGCUUCUAAACUUUCUUGGCCUACUGACCGUUUUGUAAUUCAAGUUCUUGAUGAUUCAACAGACCCCACAGUUAAGCAAAUGGUGCAAAUGGAGUGUCAGAAAUGGGCGAAUAAAGGAAUCAACAUCAGGUACCAAGUAAGAGAGAACAGGAAGGGUUAUAAAUCAGGGGCACUAAAAGAUGGACUUACACAUCAGUACGUCAAGGACUGCGAAUACGUAGCCAUAUUUGAUGCUGAUUUUCGACCUGAUCCAGACUUUCUUCUCCGUUCCAUACCCUAUCUUGCUCAUAAUCCUGAACUCGCCCUUGUUCAAGCUCGAUGGAUAUUUGUAAAUGCUGAUGAGUGCUUGUUGACAAGAAUGCAAGAAAUGUCUUUGGAUUAUCAUUUCACCGUGGAACAAGAAGUUGGUUCAUCUACUCAUGCCUUUUUUGGCUUCAACGGCACUGCUGGGGUGUGGAGAAUCGCUGCUAUCAACGAAGCUGGUGGAUGGAAAGACAGGACAACAGUUGAAGACAUGGAUUUAGCCGUUCGAGCUGGUCUCAGAGGCUGGAAAUUCUUAUAUCUUGGCGAUCUCCAGGUAAAAAGUGAAUUACCAAGUACAUUCCAAGCAUUCCGGUUCCAGCAACAUCGAUGGUCUUGUGGCCCUGCCAAUCUGUUCAGGAAGAUGUUUUGGGAGAUCAUUAGGAAUAAGACGGUAUCUUGGUACAAGAAAGCAUACGUGAUUUAUAACUUCUUUCUCAUCAGAAAGAUUAUUGCCCAUAUCAUCACCUUCUCUUUUUACUGUCUUAUACUUCCUGCAACCUGUUGGGUUCCUGAGGUAGAAGUCCCGAAAUGGGGAGCCGUUUAUAUCCCUGUCAUUAUCACCGUACUCAAUGCAGCUGGAACUCCAAGGUCCAUGCACUUGCUAAUGUUCUGGAUCCUCUUUGAAAACGUUAUGGCAUUGCACCGCACAAAGGCGACCUUGAUAGGUCUGUUGGAGACGGGGAGAGCAAAUGAAUGGGUUGUCACAGAAAAACUAGGGGAUGCAACCACCAAAAAGAGCCCCAAAAAGGCACCCAAGAAACCUCAGUUCAGGCUGGGGCAAAGGCUUCACAUGUUGGAGCUUGCUGUCUCAGCUUACCUCUUUGUCUCGGCUUGCUAUGACUACUCGUAUGGAAAAACUCGUUACUUUAUUUACCUGUAUAUUCAGUCUAUGGCCUUCCUCAUAAUGGGAUGUGGCUAUGUUGGCACCAUUGUUCCCAACUCUUAAUCAGCCCACCCAUUGUGAAUGUAGUUAGGCUUAGAAACUCUUUGUGAAUGUCAUUCAUAUAUUUUAUCACUUUUACUUCUUUUCAAAUAGAAUGAUGCAAAAGAAUGCAAUUA